CUCGUAACAAACUUUCUACGCUGUUUCCUGGUAGAAAAACAGGGGAGAAGAAAUGGGCGCCGGUCAAGAAAGGAACCACAAUAUCUAUUCCGUCUCUUUCCUCUCAUGAUAAAGGACGCCGACCCUUCAUUCCACCACUCUGUCUCCUUCCUUUCUCUCGAGGAACCGCCUAGAAGUUCAGCUACCUGCUUAGUAAUUCAGCACAGAGAGGGAGAGCUCUGAAGGCUCUUGUGAGGCCAUGGUGGGGAAUCACGGAACGACGAUGCUUCUGUUCUUGCUCUUGUUGGUCCUUCGGAUCUUCUACUGUGCAGAUGGGCAGUCCUACAUCGGCGUCAAUUACGGGGAAGUGGCCGACAACCUCCCCCCGCCGGCAACGGUGGCGAAGCUGCUGCAGAGCACGUCCAUCGGCAAGGUCCGGAUGUACGGUGCGGACCCUGAGGUGAUCAAGGCGCUGGCGCACACGGGCAUCGGAAUUUUCAUCGGAACGUCCAAUGGCGACAUCUUCUCGAUGAGCGGCGACCCAUCGGCGGCCAAGCAGUGGGUGGCCGCCAACAUCCUGCCUUACUAUCCGGCGAGCGACAUCGUCCUGGUGUCCGUGGGGAACGAGGUCCUUUCCUACGGCGACGGCAACAUGGUGUCUCACCUCGUUCCGGCCAUGCAGAAUCUCCACGCCGCCCUCCUGGAGGUUUCCCUGGCGGACAAGAUCAAGGUCACCACCGUCCAUUCCAUGGCGGUGCUGCAGCAGUCGGAUCCCCCAUCGACGGGCGCCUUCCGGCCCACCUACGCAGGGGUGGACGUGAUGAAGCAGCUGGUGGCGUUCCUGCAGCAGACGGGCUCCCCUCUGGCCAUCAAUCCUUAUCCCUACUUCGCCUACGGAAGCGACCCCCGGCCGGAGACGCUGGCCUUCUGCCUCUUCCAGCAGAACCAGGGCAGGUUCGAUCCAAACACCAAGAUCACGUACUACAACAUGUUCGACGCGCAGGUGGACGCCGUGCACUCUGCGCUGGCGUCGCUGGGAUUCAAGGACGUGGACAUAGUGGUGGCAGAGACCGGGUGGCCGUACCAGGGGGGAGCAACCGAGGUGGGGCCGUCAGUGGAGAACGCCAAGGCCUACAACGGAGGACUGGUGGCUCACCUGCGCUCCAUGUCCGGCACUCCUCUCCGUCCGGGCAAGCCCGUCGAUACCUACAUCUUCGCCCUCUUCGACGAAGACCUCAAGGGCGGCGCCACCUCCGAGAGGUAUUUCGGCCUCUACAAGCCUGACCUCACCAUGACUUAUGACGUCGGCCUCUCCAAGAGCAGCCAGGGGACGCCUGUGACACCGAGACCACCGACGGCAAAACAAACGGUAUGGUGCGUGCCGAAGGACGGCGUCUCCGACGCGUCCUUGCAAGCCAACCUGGACUACGCCUGCGGACAGGGCAUCGACUGCGGACCCAUUCAGGCCGGUGGUGCCUGCUUCACGCCCAACACCGUUGCCGCCCACGCUGCCUACGCCAUGAACCUCCUCUACCAGACCGCCGGCCGCAACCCCUGGAAUUGCGAAUUCAGCCAGACCGCUACCCUCACCACCAAAGACCCAAGUUACGGUGCAUGUGUCUACCCAGGAAGCUAGACACAUCCGAAAGAGAGAGCAUAGCGUUGCUGUUUGUAAUUAAAGUAUUGUUGUCGAUGAAAAGCAAACUUGCUUUUCUGGUUCGCGUCUCAUGCACCGGGCUCCUUCCUCCUUUGUCUCACUUCUUGCUCCUUGUAUCUGUUAUGCAGCUGUUUUUCCCCUCCUCUCGUUGUUUGCGUCAUAAAUUUGCCUUGUGCUUCUUCUGGUAUAAACAAUUGAUGAACGGAGACGAAAAGUCCCGACUUUCAGCCUGUCCCAGACUCCCAGUGACGUAAGUUCUCAAAUAUAUAUAUGUAUACUCUGGUGCCGUUCUUCCU